CACGUUCAAACACACACAUCACACCACACCUGAAGUUACAAGAAGCCACGCUUGGUUCUCUCUGCGGUGAAGUGGAUAUAACAACUGCAGAAAGUUUUCACCCGGAUCACAAAAGUCACCUUCACAGUGUGUGCAAAAGACCAUCAUGAUAAAAAGAAGCAUUUGCUCCUGUGGCGUUGGGACGCGCGUUUUCAACUGGUUUUCCAUCAUGUGGUUCUCCCUGGCAAUUGCCACCACGGAUAUUUAUCUGAAUACGACCCCCGAAAAGGUGGCCCGCUGUGGGGACAACGUAACGCUGACAUGUGAGGCCAGCUCUUACAAGUUGUUGGAUGUUAAAUCAUUUUCCUGGACCGGUCAAAACAAAACAUUAUGUGACACGAUGGGCAACAUGGACUCUGCCGUCGGGUGCCAGAAGGAAACGGACGGAUCGCUCCAUAAACUCACUCUGAGACUCUUCAACGUAAUGCCCAACCACCAAGGAAAGUACCUCUGCAAAUUUCGCUCACAGGUCGGGGUAAACUACAGCACCAGUUUUAUCACCGUACAAGACUGCCUUGGAAGUCAAAACUACUUGGUUAAUGAGUCCGUGGCAAGCUGCUGGUUCCACGGAGUUUACAGCCGGGGUGAAAUCCACUGGUUCAAGGGAGAUGAGAACUUAACUUCACUCAGCUCAAAGGAAGACUUUGACCAAUAUGGACGCUACAAUAUCCUAAGCUCAAUAAAAGUGCAAGACAGCACAGGAAACCAAAUUUACAACUGCUCAUUAUGGAUUACCCAGCUGAAGAAAUACGUCUCAUUUCAAGAGGUGGUCAUGGUCAAACAUUCACGAACUUCAUCCGGGAGCAAAUUCAAACUACAGUGGCUCUGUAUGACGUUGCAUGUCACAUUGGUGACAUUUAUCCUGUCAUGAUAGAAGCAAGUUUGAACUUACUAAAGCCACCAUUUGCCACUGAAUGCUAAUUUCCUCUAAAGCCACAGGAAGCAGUUUGAGCGCAUAUACUGUUUUUUAAUUUUUUUUUUUUUAUGUUACUAAAGUUUGCAACAAAUACACAAAAACAAAACACCGGCUUUGAUUUUUGCACUGUCAAUGUAUUU